GAACAUGUACAUACAAUCUUGUCUUUGUCUUGCAAAACCAAUAAAAGAGACUUACCAUCCAAACCCUAAUCCUAACCCUACUCUUAAUUCUUCUCUCCCUUCUCCACUUAUAUUUAAUUCAUUACUACUCUCCUCCUUCACCUUGAUCAAGCUCAUCAUCUCUUCCUCCUCCCCUAAUUAACCUUGCUCUUAUCCUCAUGGAAUCAUCCUAUCGAGCCUCAUCGGAUGAGACAAAGACUACAUCUUGUUCGAGAGGUCAUUGGAGGCCCGGAGAAGACGCCAAACUCCGGCAACUUGUUGGAAAGUAUGGCCCUCACAACUGGAACUCAAUUGCAGAAAAACUUCAAGGAAGAUCAGGAAAGAGUUGUAGAUUGAGGUGGUUUAACCAACUUGAUCCAAGAAUCAAUAGAAGACCAUUUACAGAAGAAGAAGAAGAGAGGCUUCUUUCUGCUCAUCGAAUUAACGGCAACAAAUGGGCUCACAUAGCUCGUCUUUUCCCCGGUAGGACUGACAAUGCAGUGAAGAAUCAUUGGCAUGUGAUCAUGGCAAGACGACGGAGACAGAGGUCGAAGAUCAUUAGCAAGACAGAUCAUCAUCAUCAUCAUCAUCAUCAUCGCCUUAGUACUAAUGAUAAUACUGUCGAUGAAACUUUAUCGAUAUCUGCUGCUUCACUUCCUUUUUGGUCCUUUUCAAGAUCGAAUACUUCAUCGAAUCCUAGUUCAUUGUCUUCUAUGUUUGGAUUCUCUAUGAGUGAUGUAAUGAACAAGUAUCAGUUAUUUAGAGUUGGUGAUCAUGAUAAGGUACAUGGAAAAAGGAGAUCAUGAGCCAAUGCAAAGGAAGAAGGAUAUUGCUUUCAUAGACUUCUUGGGAGUUGGCAUCACCUCUUGAUUGACAUUGAGUUAGUAGUUAUUUAUAUUUAAAGUUCCACAUAUAAUUGUUAUUUGGUACUUGUUUUAAUCUAAUAUGAUGCAAUUGUUGUUGUUCUAGUGCUUA